GAAGAAAAUCAGGAUGGCAAGAACAAGGAUUCCCGUCUUACCGAUGGGACUAGUGCUUUGGUGCUGCUUGAAUAUCCCAGCAAAAUCAGAAUAUAUGAAAUAUAAAGAUCCGAAUCAGCUGAUACCUGUCCGAAUUCAGGACUUGCUUGAUAGAAUGACAUUAGAGGAAAAGAUAGGACAAAUGGUCCAAAUUGAUCUAAGAGUUGCUUCCGCUGAGGUGAUGAAAAUGUACUUCAUUGGAAGUAUAUUGAGCGGAGGUGGGCAUGUCCCGGCUCCACAAGCUUCUGCAGAAGCUUGGAUAGACGUGAUCAAUGACUUUCAAAGAGGUUGUUUAUCGACCCGGUUAGGAAUUCCGAUGAUCUAUGGGAUCGAUUCUGUUCACGGAAAUGGAAAUGUUUACAAGGCAACUAUUUUUCCUCACAACAUUGGUCUAGGUGCAACCAGGGACCCUGAACUUGUUAAGAAAAUUGGGGCUGCAACGGCACUUGAAACCAGGGCAACUGGCAUUCCAUACGUUUUUUCCCCUUGUAUAGCGGUUUGCAGAGAUCCAAGAUGGGGUCGAUGUUACGAAAGUUACAGCGAAGAUCCCCAGAUUGUUCAAGACAUGACAGAAAUUAUACUCGGAUUACAAGGAGACAUACCUACUCACUCUACUAAGGGCGUUCCAUUUGUUGCUGGAAAGAAAAAAGUUGUGGCUUGUGCUAAGCACUAUGUAGGUGAUGGUGGAACAACCAAAGGCAUGAACGAGAACAACACGGUGAUAGACUGGCAGGGUUUGCUCAGCAUUCAUAUGCCAGCUUAUUAUACUUCAAUCAUGAAAGGCGUUUCAACGGUCAUGGUCUCCUAUUCAAGCUGGAAUGGGAUUAAAAUGCACACUAAUCGUGAGUUAAUCACGGGUUUCCUCAAGAACACACUUGGUUUUAAGGGCUUUGUCAUCACGGAUUGGGAAGGUCUUGAUCGGAUAACAACUCCACCGCAUGCAAACUAUUCAUAUUCAAUUCAAGCUGGAAUCCAUGCAGGCAUUGACAUGGUCAUGGUUCCAUACAACUAUAAAGAAUUCAUAGACGGGCUAACCUUCUAUGUAAGAAACAAUAUGAUCCCCAUGAGCCGCAUUGAUGAUGCAGUGGCGAGAAUUUUGCGAGUUAAGUUUGUAAUGGGCUUAUUUGAGAACCCUCUAGCAGAUAACAGCUUGGCUGACCAACUAGGAAGUCAGGAACAUAGAGAGUUGGCUAGAGAAGCAGUGAGGAAAUCGCUUGUUUUGCUAAAGAAUGGCCAGUCUGAGGAUCAGCCAUUGCUUCCCCUACCUAAGAAAACAUCAAAAAUACUAGUUGCUGGUAGCCAUGCAGACAAUUUGGGCUAUCAAUGUGGUGGAUGGACAAUCGAGUGGCAAGGGUUUAGCGGAAACAACCGUACAGUUGGUACAACAAUCCUAUCUGCCAUCAAGAACACAGUUGCUUCAAGCACCGAUGUCAUAUACAAGGAGAAUCCUGAGGCUGAAUUUGUCAAGUCCAACGACUUCUCCUAUGCCAUUGUCGUAGUAGGGGAACAUCCGUACGCAGAAACAGAAGGUGACAGCUUGAAUUUGACAAUUGCAGAGCCAGGUCCAACCACAAUCAGAAAUGUCUGUGGAGCCAUCAAAUGCAUUGUUAUCCUAAUAUCCGGUCGCCCUGUUGUGAUCCAACCUUACCUUGCCUCCAUAGAUGCUCUUGUUGCUGCCUGGUUGCCUGGAACUGAGGGUCAAGGAGUUGCAGAUGUCCUAUUUGGUGACCACGGUUUCACAGGCAAGCUACCUCGUACCUGGUUCAAGACGGUCAAUCAACUGCCGAUGAACAUCGGGGAUCCACAUUAUGAUCCGCUAUUUCCAUUUGGGUUUGGCCUUACUACUGAACCAACUAAAAGACUAAGCUAUGGGAAUCCAUUCUUAAGGUUUUCUCCUUUUUUUAAUUAGUUUUCAUCAUCAUGUACAUUUGUUGUACAAAUAGCUUUAGCUUUAGCAAUUCUUGAUAUACACUCCAAAACUUGUUUUCUUACUCCAAAAUUG